CGCAUUUGCGCAUGUGUCAGGACUUGUCAAUGAUUGGAUCACCAGAAACCCGGAAGUAGUCUGAAGGUCUUUGGUUAUGUCAGGGUAACAUUUUACUUUUACUGCUGCGUGCUAAUCCGUUUUUAAAAGAUGGGGGUUAAAAUAGAGGUUUUCCGAAUGAUGCUGUAUUUGUCUUUUCCUGUGGCCAUGUUUUGGAUCUCAAACCAAGCAGAGUACUUUGAAGAGUAUAUAGUAAAGAGAAAAAGGGAAAUUUUCCCCCCUGACGAGGACUUGAAGAGGAAAGAGCUGGAAGACUUCAAGGAGCGAAUGCGCGUCAGAAAGGAGCAGCGAAUGCUCAAGAGUUUUGCUGUGGACUCUGAGAAUUGAGGAUUGUGAUUUAUAAAAAUGCUGGGUUAUUUAAUAUUUUUUUCAAGAUUUUUUUAAAGUGACAGAUAUUUUGUUUCUUUGAGGUUUCUCUGUUAUACAUUUUCUAUCAUAAAAAAUGUGUUUUCACAUCCAAAUCAUGUAACAGUGGCUUGUUUUUCUAAUGCACAGUACACUAAAAUACAGAAAUAUUGUUGGAUUUUUAUUUUGUUUGUUAGUUUUAAUAAUUUAAUACCUAUUACUCAAGUAAUCUAACCGAUACUAAUGAUAUGUUUAUUGUCAAAAUAGGAGAAUAAUUGAAUAAGCCAUCUUGGGGUAUUUUGAAAGAAGUAUAUAAUGUGUUUUUUUCUCAUUCUUGUAUUUGUAUUUUUUUUAUAUUUUUUGUAUCAUUUUUUUAACAAUGGUACAUUUUAUGUUGAGAAAAUGACUAAUAUUUAGAGUAUGAAAUUGUAGAAUUAUUCAAUGAUCCAUACAGAGGCUAGUACUGAUAAAUAAAUUGCAGCAAUGCUACCCAAAGUUCAAAACAUAAAAUCUUCUGAAGUGGCUUCAAAGUAAAAACUUUAUCCGUUAUAAAAUAAAAAUUUUUAUGAUGUAAAACACAGUUCUGAAUUUGGCAGAAACCAAACACCUGAUUGUCAAAUGCUGCAAUAAGAAAUAGGAUUUGUUUUGUUGCCUUGUGAUAACUAGGUGGACUAUAAACUACUUAAAAUUUAUUUUGUCAAGCCUUGGGCCAUCAGUUUGACAAAGCAGAGAUCACUACUCUCAUCACUGUGUCCAGAGCUUAUUAAUUAUUUUUAGUUUGAAAUAUCCUAUAGGCAUAUAUAAUAUUACGAGUGUUCUGAAGACAGUUUAUUAAUCUCUUUGCUAGAAACAAAUUUGAGAAGACUGACCUGUACAGACAGUUUUAUAUCUAGGGUGGCCCCUGAGAGUAAUUAAUCAACUACUAACUUUUUCAUUAUAAAAAGGUGCUGACACGUAUCUUCUAAGAAUUUUUAGUUGAUAAAAGGCAAUCAAAAGGGGCCAUUUGAAUAGAUCCUAAUUUUGCAGUGAAGAGGUGACUAUUUCUUUCUUGUAGCAAUUAGAAUGGAAUCAAUCUAUGCCAUUAUAAAAUUGUUACACAAUGAAAGAAACUGAUUAAUAUGAUAUUGGAAAAUGUGGAUUAAAAAAAAGCAACCUAGUGCCAUUACAGUGGACAACACCCACGAGAUGGCUGCAAAAAAUCAUCAAGCCAUUAUUACUGUCCAAUGUGAGGAGACACUUUGAAUUUUGCAGACAUGUGACCACACAGUGUGGCGUAUUUGUUUUAACAAUCUUCUGUUUAUAACAUUUUUAUGGGGAAAAAAAAUAGUGGGCUGAAAUUCAUAAUAACUAACAUGUGAAUGGCUUUGCCAUUAAUUCUUGUUCAUUUGUACACAUGUUUAAUUUACAUUUGUAUAUCUUGCAAGAAAUAUAAAAAUUCUUGCAAACUUCA